UGUCCCUCCCUCCUUCCCUUUCUCCCCUGGCCCACUCUCCUCUCCCAUCAGAUUCCUUCUUCAGCCCUCACCACUCACCUGCAUUCCUCUUCACCUGUCACCUUCCAAUUUGUACUCCUUCCCCUCCCCCAACAACUUCUUUCCCCUUCCUUUCCAAUCCUGAUGAAGGGUUUCGGCCGAAACGCCGACUGAUUAUCCCCCUCCAUAGAUGCUGCUUGACCGAGUUCCUCCAGCGUUACUCCCAAUAUAAAGAAAGACAUGCAAUUGUAUUUUGUAUUUCUGCUAUGUAAGCAUAUUUCUGAAAUUAAAAGGUCGCCCCUUUCACCCUUUGUAUUCUCCUCCACCCCUCGCCAUAUCUGUGAGGCUCCAAUUGGAGUUUGCCAGUCACCUCCAUCCCACCACUAUCAGCGAAGGCCUUCUCCUCCUGUACCUCCCUCCCCCUUUAAACCUCGCCUUAAAACCAGUGCUCUUGAACUAACUGACUAUUCAACCUUGUCUCUUCUGCCUGCUCGUAGAUCGUUACUAUUUUCUAGGCGCUAGGUAAAUGCACAUGGCUAAAUUCACGACUCGGACGUGAAUGCAUUGGCAGCAUCGCGGGAAAGCAGGAAGGAUUGUAGUGAUGGAAUUGCGGCUGGCCGUUCUGCCCUUGGGUGUAAUACUGAUCUUGGGGCGCCUGCUGAUCCGCUUGGGAGUCUGCUUUUCCGGGCUGUGGUAGUCGGAAAUGUGUCUCCAGAGCUGGGCGUGGACUGUCCCUUUAAGAGGCGGGGCCUGGAGCUGGGCUGCCAUUGGCUGACUGACGCAGACAGGUUACAUUCCCUGAGAGCGGCUCUGUAUCUGCGGCAGCGGAGACCCGGAGCGGAAUCGGACUGACACCCGGAGCGGAGCACCGGCAUCCCGCAAGUGGACGUUGCCCAAACUGCGAAUUCCCAGCAACUUCAGAUCUGGAUCCACGUUUACAUCACCUGCAGAGCUUUGAUGUGAGUUGCACGUGGAGGCAAUUUCACUCUGUAGCUGAGCCAGACUGCCCCUGCCAUCAGCAGCUCGUGCCUUUGUCCCCUGCCUGUCGUCAGACUGCUCCAGCCCGAGCGGGAACUCGCAGACUGUUGAGAUACCUGAACAAGUAUGUACCUGUGGCAGGAUCGGCACAGCCUCUGCCUAGCCUGUGGGCUGGUGGUCCUGCUGGGGGCCGUGGGAGUGCAGGGGAACGCUACCGUGUUGCCUGCCGCCUUUCUUCACGACCUGCUGGAUCGCUACGGCGACAACGGGGAGAUGCUUCUACACCAGCUAAAGGCUCUCAUGAACCGGUUGGACGUGGGCGUCGGGACCACCAAGAUGGAGAGCGCUACGGGCAACGCCAGUCUCACCAAGUGCUUCUCAUCUUCGGAGAUCUUUGCGGCGCACAACCUGACCAACAGCAGCCGGAUCGACGGUGCCACUUUCACCCACAUCUGCCCCACCAUCCUACAGCAGUUAGAGAGCAGAGCCUGUGAGCUGGAAAACCAGGAGGACGAGGAAGACGAGGAGACGGGAGGAGUGAAACCCACCACCACUGAAGUCUGGGGCCUGGGCUUCAUCAGCGUGUCGGUGAUAAACGUCAGCUCACUGCUUGGAGCCACCGUCACCCUCUGCCAGGGGAAGCGUUUCUUCCACAGGAUCCUCACCUACCUCGUUGCCCUGGCUAUCGGCACCCUGACGUCCACCACCAUCCUGCAGAUGAUUCCAGAGGCGUUCGGAUUUGACCCCAAGAAGCCGGACUACGUGUCGAAAUCAGUGGUGCUCUUCGGAGGAUUCUACCUGUUCUUUUUCACGGAGAAGAUCCUGAAGAUGAUUCUGAGACCCAAGCAGAAGGGCCUGGGGAAGGGUCACAGCCACUGCCGCCCGGAGCAGAUGGUCAGCAGGCGAGACCAGGAGGACGGAGUGAUGGAGAAACUGCAGAAUGGAGAGGUGCACCUGAUGCCAUGUGGCCACAGUGAGGAGAGCGAACGACAGAGCCUGGCGGAUGGGGUGCCGGUGGUCUCGAGGACACUGUCUGCGCAGGAGCUGCAGUAUGGGAACUGUUACUGGUUGAAGGGGAGCCGGUACUCGGACAUUGGCACGCUGGCCUGGAUGAUCACCCUCAGUGACGGGCUGCACAACUUCAUCGACGGCCUGGCCAUCGGCGCCUCCUUCACCGUCUCCGUCUUCCAGGGCAUCAGCACCUCUGUCGCGAUCUUGUGCGAGGAGUUUCCCCACGAGCUCGGGGACUUUGUGAUCCUGCUGAACGCAGGGAUGAGCCUACAGCAGGCCCUGUUCUUUAACUUCCUCUCGGCCUGCUGCUGCUACAUCGGCCUGGCCUUCGGCAUCGUGGCCGGCAGCCACUUCUCUCCCAACUGGAUCUUCGCACUGGCCGGCGGCAUGUUCCUCUACAUCGCCCUGGCAGACAUGUUUCCUGAGAUGAACGAAGUCAGCAAAGGAGAGGAUGGAGAGGAGUCCACCUCGCUGGUUGUGUUUGUGAUACAGAACGCCGGGCUGCUCACCGGCUUUUCCAUAAUGCUGGUGCUCACCAUGUACUCAGGAUCCAUUCAGAUUGGCUAAGUGACUGACAGCCCCUCGAGGGGCUCACUCGGAGCAGGACUCCAAGCACAGAGAAGACUACUAUUGAGACCCCGGCUGCCCAACACUGCCACGACCCAGGUGGCUUCACAUUCGGACGACAGCUCUUUGCGAAUACUAUCAUUGUGCCGGUUAGGAACAAACUCAUUCCAACUUGCUGACAACACCACAGGUCGACAAGGUGGAGGUUUCCCAAACGAUAAUCUGCAUUUCCAUGUCCAAGCAAGCAUUCCAGCCUAUGACUGGUGAAGUUCAUACACACUCAAUAUAAGCACAAUAGGGGUAGAGGCUUGGGGGGCAGUGGUUAGAGAUGAUUGUGGCUUCUAGUUUACACAGCCUUGCCUUGUCUUCAGCGUGUCCCCGUUUCUGACCUUACCAUGGGUCUUUUCAGUCCAGCUGCUGCUGGGUUUCUCCACGUGGUCAUGGAGGAAGCGACAGGAAGAGGAGUUUCAGUCAGUCCUGGUCCUUCUCGGGCUUACAAAUCUGCCCCUGGACCAGGAGCUGCUCACCAAAUGUCCACCAUUGGGCCGGACCCUGGGAGCGUGAGUAGGAGUGGCAGCUGGAGAGAGUGGAUGUGCAAAGGGCGAUUCCAAUUCAUUUAUUUACCACAAAUACAUCGCAACAUGUGGUGAACUAGGCCGUUUGCGUUAGCAACACAAGCUGGUGGGCAGCCACAAGGGUUGCUGCACGUUCCUGCACCGACAUAUCAGGCCCUCAGUAUCCAGCAGCACAACACAGAACACAACGAGCCACAAAAGAACAUCAAAACGAACUCCUGUUCUCUCUCCCUCUCACCCACACGAACACCUCUAACCUCUCAACCUCGGGCCUCCAGCCUCCAGUGGGCUCACAUGCUCACGGACAUUAGGCCCCUGAAUUUCCCACGGGGCCUCCACUUCCAGCCUUCUGAUCGUCCUUCAGGCUUCAUUCUUCGGUUUCAAACCCGGCACUCGCCGUUAACAGUCUUUGGGUAUUCAUGAGGGGCAGCGAGGGUAUUAAUGGGGGGGGCGGGGGGGAAACAGCUUUUCUCAGAGUACAGAAGAAUGGGAGGACCUAGAAGUGUUUGAAGUACAAGAUGGCUACAGGGGGAGAUUCAGGAAAGCUGCACUGCAGAGAGAGGAGUGGACGUGUUUGGAGGGGUGGGUUGAGGAGUGUAGAUGGUGAGACCGUUCCUCAUCCUGAUCUCGGUCUGGGAUUGGUGAUGAGGUGGUUGAUAGUUGGUGUUCUUCCCUCAUCCUUCUCUCUCCUCCCUCACUCCUCUACCCCCUUUGUCCCUCGCUCGUUCCUCCCCUACCCCCUUUUUCCUCCCUGUGCAUCCUUCCUUCACUUCCCCUACCUCUCACUCCUCUCCUACCCUCCCUCGAUCCUCCCCUACUCGCCACUCCUCUGUCAUCCCUCCCCCACACUUAUCCCUUUCAUCCCCCACUCCUUUCCAGUCCCUCCCUCCCUCCUCCCCACCUCUCCUUGACCCCCCACCCCUUUCCCUUUACAUUAGAUGUGAUUGUGUCUGUUCUGUAUUUUCUGGGUCAGAGGGAGCCAGUGUCUGGUUGUUUAUACAACAAAUCCAUAACCACACCCCCCACCCACCUCCUUCCAUUGGUCUCUACACCUCCUUUGUCAGGGCAUCAAAGGUUAAAGAGAGAAGGCAGGGGAAUGGAGUUGAGUGGGAAAAUAAAUCAGCCAUGAUGAAAUAGUGGAGCAGGUUCAAUGGGCUGAAUGGCCUAAUUCUGCUCCUACAUCUCGUGGUUUAAAAGCCACUCACUGUGUGGAAAAGUUUUGCCCCAUGUCACAGAGUCACUUUUGGAUCUCUUGCUGACUGCCUUCAUCCAUCGUGCUCGGUGAUGCUCACUACAAGUCUCUGUCCACACGACUUGGUCUUUUCAGGAUUUUGCAUCCCUCUGUCAGAACCCCCCCGACCCUCCUCAGUCUUCUUGUUCCCCCCCACCCACCCCCCAAGGCCACCUUAGCUCCUCCGGACUAUCCACAUAAUCACAGUUCCCUCAUCGCUGGAAUCAGUUUUGAAAAAGGAUUUUCAGCCUGAAAGGUUAACUCUGUCUAUCCACAGAUGAUGUGUGUGCAGCUGGCAUUUCCUGCCCCCCUGGAGGCGGGACAGCGCCACUGUAGCUGGGAGGCCGCCAUUACAGUGUGACGUUUACAUAGCCGGGUUUCAUCAGUAAAGCAGCAUGGGUUAUUGGAAAGUGACGGUAGAAUGCACCUUUAAAUGAAUGAUGGCAUCACUGGCACAUCCAAUCCUUCUCUCUGACUCACUCACUCCGCAUCUUGCAGACCACAGCUCCUUGGCCGCAGGAGUUGGUGCGAAUGUCUCGGACUGGUGCAUCCCUAUUGUCUUCCAGGGGCUCAGUCACUGUGGAAAGCAGUGUGUGCUCUGGGGAGCUCUGCACGCAAGCCAUUGAGGUUAAGGUAUCGAUUAGCUUUAUUUAUCACGUGUACAUCAAAACAGACAGAGAAAUGCAUUUGUAUUUGUCAACAACCGACAUAAUCCAAAGAUGCACUGGGGGGGGCAGCCCGCAAGUGUCGUCACGCUUCCGCCACCAAAGAGCACACCAACAUCUCACUUUCCCUUCCCGUGCAUCCUUGGAAUGUGGGCGGAAACUCGUGCACUCGGAGGAAGGCUAUGCAGUGAUGGGGAGGACAUACAAACAUCCUGCAGGCAACGGCAGGAAUUGAACCUCAGUCACCCGGCACCACAAGAGCAUUUCGCUACCAUGCCCCCUCCUAGUAGUGAUGCAACGACUUGCAGAGAGACACCAGCCAUUGCAACGUAUUUACAUGUUGUUCUUUGUUGUAGUUGAUAGUCCAAAUGUGCAGGGUAGUGAUAUUUGAUUCAAAGAUGUCAGGGUCUAUUGUGCAAUAUAUUUGCUAUAAAGAACUGUUGCUGGGUGUAAGUCUUGUAAAGAGAUUGCACAACCUCCUGUCUGCGGAGAGUGCAAGAGGGUAUGAGACAUUACGUACAGAAGGUGUGGGCUAUAUUGUUGGCUGAGCCCGAGGGUGGUGGGUGUGAUAUUACAGUGUGUUUGGCAGUGGGUGUAUACAGGUGGUGUGAGGUAAAGGUUUUCUGCUUUUCCGUGAUGGUUUAAACCAAAAGCUGGUUGAUCUUUGUCCAGUCCCUAUAUCUGAAACCCGGUGCAAAGAUUUCCACGGUCCAUCGGCCUGAACGAAACUCGGCUGAAGGUGUGGACUUCCCGGUUGUAUCCCCAUUAAAGAUUAGCUUUAUCUGUAACACGUACGUCGAAACACUCAGUGGAAUGUAUCGUUUGCAACAACAAUCAACAGAACCUGAGGAUGCCCGCAAGUGUCACCACACUUCCAGCACCAACGUAACAUGCCCAUGACUUCCUACGCCUUUCUUGCACAUCUCUGGAAUGUGGGAGCAAGGCUGGCAGACAGCGUUGGGAAUUGAACCCGGGACGUUGGCGCUGUGAUAGUGUUACGCUACAGUACUGACCUGUUAACCAUCAGUCUGAGGACGGGAAGUCCGACAGGGAUUAACCAGCUUUGACCCAGCUAUACGGUUGUAGUGAAAUAUCUCAGUGAAGCCAACAAGUAUUACAACAAUGUGCUAGAUGCUGAUGGUGUGAUUUUUAAAGUAAUUUAUCAAAAGCUAUUUAUCACUUUUCUGAAACACUAGUUCCAGGGUCUGUGGGAUUCAAACCCAGUGCCAGUGAAGAGGUGUGUGUCUGGCUGGGGUGUUGGUAGGAGGGCCUCUGAUCCAACAGGGGAGGAUUUCCAGGACACUUCCCUCCCAUGGUCUGAGUCGACGUUCCCUCCCUCCUCUCCCCCCUCCCUGCUUGUCGCAGGAGGUUUGACGGAAUUCCCCGACCCUGGGCCUCAGUCACUUGGCACUUGGGAUGAACCCAUCUUCUGAAAGUCAGUCUGAAAGCUCGACCCAGUCGGCUGUAAGAACCUUGAGUCUGAUUACAGGGAUUCUUUGUGUUAUAGUGUGUGUUGUGCGUUCUGAACGACAGACCAAAUUACUACACACCACGCUGGCGAUGGAGUGGGUAUUAGAAUAUGCACUGUAGAAUGCUAGGGUAGAAAUUUAAAUAAAGUUCAGCUGAAUUCUGACUGAAGUCUUUGAAUUGUGGACCCCGAAUGCUCAAAUGGAAGCAAUUUGGCCUGAGAGACCUGUGUCUGCUCUCCCAUUGUUUUUCCACAGCUCUGCAGUUUUCCCCUUUCUGAGAAUUUCUCCAAAUUGCUGUGAGUUCCGCUUUGAGCUCACUUUCUGCAGCCGCCGUUCUUCUCACCUCGUGUGCCAGCAUGUAAGCACCAGAAACUCUGGCAGACUCCGAAAGGUGCGCAGUGGAGAAUAUCCUGACUGAUUGCAAUAGGGCCUAGUACGGAAACAUCAAUGGCCAGGAAUGGAAACGCCUACAGAAAGUAAUGGACGCAGCCCAGUCCGUCAGGGACAAAGCUCUCCCCACUGUGGAGCGCUGCCACAAGAAAGCAUCAUGUAUGUUCAAACAUCCACCCGUUCUACCCUGGGUAGGCCCAAAACGUCGGCUGUGUACUGUCACUCCUCCACAGCGGCAGAGUUCCUAACGACAAUUCAGUGUUUGCUGCUGGAAGGACCAGGCCCUGCUCUGAUCCUCCUACAGCUCUAAGGAUUUCAGCCUGAACUAGUGUGUGAAUCACCGAGCCUGGCUGUGUCCUCUCUCUGCAGCCCACUGGGGUAGGCCCACAGACAUCCCCCCUCUCCCGGAAGUUCCGGGAGUCUCCCGCAUAUGAACAGUGGCUCCCUGAUGCCCGCAAAUUAUAUACAAUAUCACGGAAAUCAAUUUUUUUGAGAGCGAGCGAGAGCGACCACGAGAGAGAGAGAGUGUGCCAUGGCAGAGUGUCCCAAAAAAGGAAAAUAUAAAACAUACAUCACCCCAGACUACACUAAAGUGUACCCCUGCCUAAUAGGGGUCAAAAAUAAUGACAGUGUUGCUCGCUGCGCUGUUUGCAACAGUGACUUUUCUAUUGCCCAUGGUGGGUUAAGACUGUAAAAGACAUGUUGAGGUGAGUUUAACAGGUGUCAUUCGUUCAUUAGCAUAGCUAACGUUAUUUAAACUAGCUGGCCAGCUGCUAAGGAGCUACUCUAUUGCAGACAUCCCACCUCUCCCGGAAGUCUCCUGCAAAUUGAUGGAGCUGUCUCCCUGAAAUGAGUUUUUGCAGGGUGGGAUGUCUGGGCCCAUGCAUCAGAGCAGUGCUACUGGGUGGUAAGUGAAAGAUGAACAUCACAAACCUGAGAGAGAAAAUAAGACAGAACAUGCUGCAAAUGCCCUGCAGGUCAGGAAGCAGCUGUGCAGAGAAAAGCAGUAGAAGACCACAAAACGACAAACAAAAUGCAGGCCAGGCAGCAUCUAUGGAAAAGAGUAAACAGUCAACAUUUUGGGCCAAGACCCUUCAUCAAGGCUGGAAAAAAGGAUGUGGA